AUGGCUAGUUGCAAGAAAACCAGAGUAAUCUUGCUCAAGAAUAAAACUUCUCCCAUUGACAAUUACGAAUCGGAGUGUAAGAACAAUGCAUUUGAACCAGUAUUUGUACCACUAAUUAAGCACACUCAUGUCGUCAAGGAUUUUAAAAAUCUUUUAGAGACUAUUCCAAACUAUCUGAGUACUAUCGAAUACAUUAUUAUUACAUCUCAAAGGACUGUUGAGUCGCUCAAUGAAGCAAUCAUUCCUAUGUUAACAGGGGAACAGAAGGAUAGUUUAUUUGGAAAAACCGUUUACACUGUCGGCCCCGCUACUGCUAAUUUCAUCAGAAGAUCAGGCUUCACAAAUGUUAAAGGUGGAGAAGACGCUGGUAAUGGGUCUGUUCUUGCAGACAUUAUUAUUCAUGACUUGAGUAUAGAUCUCAGGGCUCGAUCACUGAGUGAACUAUUAUUUCUUGUUGGAGAAACCAGGAGGGAUAUCAUCCCAAAGAAAUUACACAGCAAAGGUAUAAAAGUGAGAGAGGUGGUUACUUACAAAACUGAAGAAUUAAAUGAUAGUUUUAAAAGAUUUGACAGCGCUAUGCAAUCGUACAAUGGAAAUGAAAUGACCUUGAAUUGGGUCGUAGUUUUCAGCCCCCAAGGUACUAAGGAAAUUACUCAGUACUUAAGCGUUAAUCACCGACUAUUAGAUUCUAAUCUACGGAUUGCGUCUAUCGGACCGACUACUCAACAAUACCUUGAGGACAGUAACAUAACUUCUGAUAUCGUCAGUCCAAAACCAGAUCCCAAAUCACUAUUGCAUGCUAUCGAAGUGUACCAGCGCUCUAAAUAA